CAAGUCGACCUGUUUGUAAGAUGCUUUAGGACGCUGAUUUGAUCAUAGACACCAGCAAAAACCUUUUGCUUUACUCCAGACAUAUCUUUCAAAUGUAAAUGUGGGUGGGCCAGGGCCAUAAAGUUUGAACUCUGUUUUUUUUUUUUCCCAAGCCAAAAUCCAUACAAAAAUUACCAUUUAUUAAAAUGGUAUCAUAACUAUGCAUUCUAAAACAUAUUUCUUUCCAGUUUUCAAAAAAUACUACACAAUUUAGCUAGUACAUAUGGCUAAGUGGACCCAGUUUCUAACAGAAUAAUAAUCUAUAUUUACUGAAGUGUCAGAAACUGUAAAUAUGAUUAUGAGGCCUAAAUCCGAGUCUGAUUAACACAAACAUGAUUUACGUGCGUUAAGAUGUGAUUCCUACUUCAGAAAAUCAAGUUAGUAAAGUUAUUUGAUACAAAGCAGAGGAACAGAAUUCAAUGUAUUGCAAUUUAAAUAUUAGGCUCCAGUGUUUUGUUAAAAGUGCAUCUCAGCCAACAAAUGUAUCUGUUGUAUUUCAGCAGCUCUGCAGGUGGAAGUGUGAUAAACUCCUUGGGUAGUAGGUAGGUGUUUCACGGUUUAUGGAAGCAUGUUCCACAAAUGCAACUGUUCCACUUUAGGCAGUUAUGCAAAGCCAGGCACACAUUUUGCUACCUUUGACAAGGUCAAGAUACACUCAUCUAAAGUAUUCCUGCAGUUGCAGAUUAUUUAUUCUGCUACUAUGAAAAUUACGAUGUAGCAAAAAUAUACUGUUUACUUACGGAAAUAAAUCUAUUGUGUGUUUUGGAUCAAGUUGUUUUUCUCCAUAAUAGUAAAUGAAAAACAUUAGAACUAGGGUGAGCAGUGUAAUAAUUGAAAAAUAUUAAACUAUGAUUUUUUUUUCCUCUCUUUAGGUAGAUCAAUUUGCCUUUAGGCUAGAAAUUACGCAUUGAAUUUCAGGAAGCUUUUUCUUUUUUUUUUUUUUUUUAAAGCGAAGGAACAUGUAAGCCCUUCAAACCAGGAUUUCAAGUGGAAAAUAUAACCAAUCUGGAAUUACAGUUGCAUCAUACCACUAGUGGAAUUCUACUAACGUAGCAUUGCAUAAAGCCUCACUUGCUCCUCCUACAUGCACUAAAUAUAAAUGUGCAUCAGCAGCAAAAGCAAUUUGCCUAAUAUCUGAAUCAGCUAAAUAGCAUUUGCACUAAAAUUGUGUAUCUCAAUGCUGACUUCUCUGGUAGAACUCUGGGGGUCAAACCUGAUAAAUGAAUAGAAUCAUAAUUACAUUUCAUCAUUAAUUUUUGAUGCUGUCUUGCUAUUUUGUUGCUUGUCUGAGAAAUUAAUGAUUCCAUCUGUUAUACCAUUCAAGUAAAUUUGUUUGUUUGGAUAAGGAGGGGCUUUUUUUUUUCCUAAUAUCAUAAUUUCAGUUAAAUGUUUCUGUAGAGUCCCACUUUUCUUAAGUAACUAACCAGUUUACAUCUCUGCAAAUCCUGCAUUGCCUCAACGUAAAGUUAUUCAAUCUUGGAAAACAUUUUUCUCUAUAUAAUGGCAUUGCAAUUAGCUGAAUGCUGUUCAGAAGGCUAAUUGCUAAUUAAGGUGGUUCUUUUUCUGUCACUCAGGUUGGUUUAUAACUUUCACAAGAGUGAACAACUUUAGCAGUGGGAUCCAACGCUGGGUGCAGUUUAUUUUCCAUAGACAUGAGUGGAGGACUUGACACUGCAGACCAACUGUAAUUGGGCCAAGGCUGUUCCUGCCAGGAGUAUAGAAACUGGUUAUUCCACUACUUUAAAAAGUCCAUGUAGUUUACAAAUGUCUCAUUUUAAAGAUGAAUCAAGUUUCUGUUAAAUAUAGCCCACGUUGAUAAUGCAGAUUAUAACCUCAUGCAGGAGCAUGUGCUUGUGUUUUUGUCUAGUUGGAGAUUAUCCCUUAAUCAUGUGGGGCCCAGGUGUGCAUUUUCAGAUCUGUUGACUCAGGAAAGCUGGAGAUAGCAUUAAAGGCCAAUGACAUGAUACUGGAGCUACAUUUAGGUUGUUGCUCCUCUGAACAAGAACUGUUGCUUGAACCACCUUGUGGAAAGAAUGGCGAGAAGAAAUGUCCUUAUCACAGGUUGCUCCUCAGGAAUUGGAUUUGCCUUAGCUGUAAAAAUGGCAAAAGAUGAACAGAAAAGAUUUAAAGUGUAUGCCACGAUGCGCAAUCUGGCCAAGAAAGAGCCACUCGAGGAAGCUGCAGGUGACAGGCUGGGCAAAACCCUCGAAAUUAAACAACUGGAUGUUUGUGAUGAACAGUCUAUUAAAACUUGUGUGAAUAGCAUCCCUGACAGAAGGAUUGACGUCCUAGUCAGCAAUGCUGGAAUGGGGCUCAUUGGACCUAUUGAGUGUCAGACCAUUGAGGAAAUGAAAACUGUGAUGGAUACCAACUUCUUUGGACUGGUUCGACUCCUGAAGGAGAUUUUGCCUGACAUGAAGAGGAGAAAGAGCGGCCAUAUAGUUAUAAUAAGCAGUGUUAUGGGAAUACAAGGUAUCUUAUUUAAUGAUGUUUAUGCUGCAUCUAAGUUUGCUGUGGAAGGAUUCUGUGAAAGUUUAGCUAUACAAGCACUCAAGUUCAAGCUGCAGUUAAGUUUGAUUGAACCAGGCCCGGUAGUUACAGAGUUUGAAAGAAAAGUGUUUGAAGAUGGAAUGAAAAUGGAUCUUUCAGCUGCAGAUGAGGAAACAGCUGAGAUGUUUACUAAUAUUUACCUUAAAAAUUACAAACAAAUUUUCCAGAGCCUGGGACAAAGUGCUGAAGACGUUGCAGAGCAUACAGUAAAGAUAAUUCUUGCAGACAACCCACCUUUUCGCCAUCAGACCAACACCUUGUAUACUCCAAUGACAACUCUAAAAUACGCAGAUCCAAAUGGAGAUCUACCCAUUGAUAUAUUCUACAAAAUGGUUUUUCAUCAUGACAAAAUCUUCAGCGCGAGUCUUAACUUUAUCAAAUUGCUAAGGUGGAGAAGUAGAAAGAGCUUUGACCUGGGAAAACCUUCACAAUGAGAUUAUAUAGUGCAAAUUGGAGUUACUUCUUGUAGCCACUGAUAACAUGGUAUGUUGUUAUUCAAAUGCCUUUGCUCUGUAAUUGUGAAAAAGCACUCAAGAUGUUUAUUUGAGCUUAGCUAAGAUAUUCAGCUCAAUGUGUUUAUCUUGAACUUCACAGUUUGCAGAACCUUGAAAUUAAAAUCCUCUAACUAUAGGUUUAUUCUGUUUAGUGUAUGAUUUUACAGCAAUCUGUUUUCAUGGGAGCAUGAGCAUUGACUGAUACUUGUAUAUACAACAUACUUGCAUAUUCAGUAUUAACCCAGUCCCCUUCACUUAUUAGAAUAAAAUACAUACCAAGACGGGUACUGUAUGUAAAUUUAGAUACUUAAUAUAAUUUAAAUAUUUUUAUCUUUUUACUUAUUAGAAUAGAAUUAGUAUAGUCAUCUCUCUAUUACAAUAGCAUUCUUAUUGUCAGAAAUCAGGUCUACUUACCAGUCACAUAAGAGAAAGAGAAAGCCCCAUCAAUCUUAAAAUGUCACAACUAGAUUAUUUAUUAUUCAUAUAUAUAUAUGUUAUAAUACUCUGAAUGCUUCCUUCAUAGGCAAUGGCUACUGGUGUAUUACACAUAGCGAACAAUAAAAUGUUUUUUAAAAGCAUCUCCCAAUAAAAUAUCUUCUUAC